UAAUACAAAUCUUUGUACUGUGAUGUUUAUAUAUCAGAGCUUUGCGGUAGAUAAGCAGAGUGGGAAAAAAUGUUUCAUGCUACCAGCCAGGCAACUUGGUAUCGCAUGGGGAGGUACUCCACGAUACUGGACAUGGAUCUCUUUACCUGAAUCAAGAUUCUUGGAGGUGGCCCAUCUUGUGAAAGUGUGUUGGUUUGAUAUUGGAGGCAGAUUAAACACUCAAAUACUGUCCCCAGAGACCAACUAUGCAGCAUACUUUGUAUUCAAAACUACAGAGCAAAAUGAAGGCUUUGAAUAUACCCCAAUGAAGGCCUCAGUUACACUUGUUGGGGACAUAGAAGAUAAAACAAUUUAUUUGAAAUUGCAAACAAAUAGAGAAGAAGACGAUGCACCGCUUGGUCCGCUUCCACGAAGGAGAAAGGAUGGGUGGAUGGAGAUUGAACUGGGAGAAUUUUUCAAUGAAAGAGACAAUGAUCGUGAAGUGGAGAUAAAAUUGAUGGAGACCGAACACCUUAAUUGGAAAUCUGGCCUCAUUGUCGAGGGCAUUGAGCUUCGACCUAAAGUGGAUGCAUAGGUGAAAAAAAGACAGGCAUGUCUCUAUAUCUGUUAUGGUUAACAUGUUAAUGUGGUCUUGGUGUAAAAUGAAUAGAAAGAUUACUCCCCAUAGCUAUUGUUCAUCUUUUUUAUUGUACCUUUAUUUAUUUGGAUUUGGUUACAAUUUUACAGUUUGGCCAAGCAAUUUUACUGUGUUGUCAUUGGGAAGCAAAUCUGUAUGUACCACCCCCAUUGAGUGGCUGCAAUAGAUAAAAUUGAGGGUUGAGCUGAUGAUAUGUUGCUCUUUGACAUA